CGUGAUUUUUUCGCGUGUUCCGGACCACUUCGAAGCGGCGUCGACGUCAGCGACGGCGUUGUCGGCGUCGAGUAUGCGAUAAUGCGGCGUCACGAUGCGCCCGCGCUUUGCGAUAAGUUUAGUCCGCUCUACCGCCCAUCCGUACUUUCGAGAACUCGUUCUCUUCCAUAUUGAACGAAUUUGUCUGUUUCGCGCGCGAAUCUUAUCCAUUUGUUGUGAAAAAAUUCCGGCAUACUGAUAAUAAUCGUCCGUUGUGUAUGGGAUGGAGAUGUGUUGCACGCGGGACGAUAUGUAUUGUACGAUCGCGUGGAAUCGGGGCGUAUCAGGUUAGGACGAUACAAAGUCGUGUGAUCGAAGUGUAUGUUUGCGAAAUUUUUGUUGUCUUUUUUUAUUUUCUUAUGCGAGAAGCAGUUGAUCGUGUUACAUUCUGUGAUCGCAAGCUGCAAUAAAAUAAUGUAAUUCCAUCCAGAUUGCAAUAUCGAUUGUACGCUGUGUCUUGUUAUCUGAAUGGACAAUAAGGUGGAUGUUUCGGAAAUUGAAAAUAUUUCAAUGAUUGGAACAUCUGAAAUUUUUCAUCUGCCUGACGUCCCAGAGAUAUCGGAGGUAUUAGAAUCAACUGGCCUUAGCCCCUUAACUUCGUCCUUGGAUCAGGCUCUUACGCUGCAAGAAGAUAAAGCUCUUUCGUCUGAAGUUAACAUGGGCAUUGAGGAUACAUGGACUGAAGCAAAUAGUUCAACGUCAGACUAUGCAAUUCCUCUUCCUCCGCCACCUGGAUUAAAUGAUUUCUCGGAUGUUGGCGCCGAUCCAAUUAGUGAUUCUGGGACGGGCAUAGAGCAUGGUCCGUUUCUACCACCUGGCACACCAGCGCUUAACAAUUUGUUCGCAGAAGCUGGAGACUCCCAUGAUGAUUCGCCAAUGGAGAUGGUUGUCCUGCCUGCAGGUGUAUGUGGUCUUCGUAAUUUGGGUAAUACCUGUUUUAUGGCAGCAGGGUUGCAAUGUUUGACAGCUACUCCACCUGUUCUACGGCAUUUCUUGGAUUUACAGCAGAGAGGAGAAAAACUGCCUCCACCUGGGUCGCUAAUGGCACACUUUAGUGUACUUCUUGGGAAAAUGUGGUCUGGGAGAUAUAGUGUUCUCAGACCAACAGAAUUUAAACAGACUUUAGGAGCUUACCAUUCACAAUUUAAGGAUUAUAGGCAGCACGACUGUCAAGAAUUUCUGGCGCUUCUAUUGGAUUCUCUUCAUGAGCAAAUGAAUACAGCAAAGUGUGCCAAGAAUUGUCAAGUUCCGCUAUCCACAACCACUGCCAAUUUUAACUCUAUCGAAAACUCAAAUGAAAAGACCCUUUCCUCUGUCACUGCCAUGGCUAAUUCCAAUUGUAAUCCGGAUCUUUUGGAAAUGUACGAGUGCUUAUCUCCGGAAUGUCCAAAUAGUCCCAAUGUAACUAUGGCUGGUUCACCAAGAGACUUCGAUUCAUCGAUUGGUGAACUCGAUAGUAUCACGAAUUCACCGAGAGAUUCGCCAUUAAACGGCGAGGAUGACGAGGAAACGCUAGAUUCAGAUGAAACCAUCGAGGCGAGGUCGAAUACUUUCAUUCACAACAAAGUGAAUGAGGAAGGCAUGAAUGACGUCACUCAAACGCGAUCUUUGAGAUUGGACACCUUGAUUGAACUGUCGAAAAGCGUGCCGCAGUAUGGUGGUCUAUACGAUAUUCACAAAGAGGCUAAGACCAGUAAUGCCAAUUUCCUAGUAACGCAACAAGAGUGUAAUAACGAGAUUCAUUACGACUCGCAGAAGUUUCCGAAGGAUAAUGUUCGCAGGACGCCGUUAGACAAUUCGAACCUAAUGGAGAAUCAUGACUUUGACAAUAAGAGCGUCAGUAUCAAGCGUAUAAAGGAGGUGAAUGUCCAGAAGGUCAACGGCAGUCUUGAUCACGCGUCGAGCGGCUCCGACAUCGAGUACGACAGCGGUCUGGAAAAGUGUAACGUAAAACGCAUGCGAUUGGACGAUCAGGAGAAGAAUCACAAACACGACGGUCUUAGCAGCGAGAAUACCCAGUGCUCGCGGAUUUCACAGAAUUAUGGAAAUGGCGCUAUUGCCGCGCAGGACGAGAUUGAGGCGGAUAAACACUGGGUGAAGCACUUGCGAUCCAACAGGAGUAUCAUUAUUGACACUUUUCAGGGCCAGUUUAAAAGCACGGUCGUAUGUUCGGUUUGUAAUCACGUUUCUGUUACCUACGAACCUUUUAUGUAUCUAUCUGUACCAUUACCUCACGCCAUGGAGAGGCAGUUGAAUGUCACGUAUAUUCCUGCAAAUGGUGACCAGCCUAUAAGAUGCGUCGUUUCCUUGAACAAACAGUCGCGAAUUGGGAAACUGAAAGAGGAAUUGUUAAAGACGCUCGGCAAGGAGAAUGUUUCAGUGACUAAUAUCGCACUCGCGGAGGUUUUAGAAAACCAUAUAGCGAAGAUUCUGGACGACAAUACACUCUUGAGACACGUCAAUGAUACGAAUCGAUCGAUAUACGCCUUUGAACUCACGGAACCUCCCGAUGCAUACACUUCAGUGUCUGAUGGCGGUGGAGAUCGCCCGGCGGAAACGGACUCUUGCCAGAGAUGUACGAUCACGGGUGAGGAAGUGCCGUGUAUGAUCUGUCUUGAGGAGCUAGACGGCGAUUUGAAGCGACACAGCGGGAAUAGCUGUAAUUUUAUCAUGUGCGAUCCGUGCAUCGAGAAUUACUUCAAGAAUCAAACGGAAGAACCUCAAACGUGUCCAAUGUGUGCCACGUACAUGACAGCGUCGUCAUUCACGAAAAUAGAUCAAACCGGCCGACCGAGACCCACUGUGCGUAUCUUGAAUGUACCUUUGGUGCUGAGGCACGAUACGACGAACGAGACGACGAAUAACCGGAAAGGCACAAAGCUCUUCGGUUUUCCGCACUUGAUACGACUCCCGUCGAGAGUGAACGCACGGGAUUUGUAUGAUAUUGUUAAGAGAAACGUGCCGCACGAAGGACACUACACGAUUCAUUUCGUUGAUGGACAGGGUCAUCAUUGUUCGCGAUGUAUGUAUACUGCACAUUGUACGGGAUGCAGUGUGCCGGAGACGGGAAUGGUCGCGCUACAAAACGGUGACACGCUUGCGGUUCGUUAUACCGAGUAUGUUCCUAAGGUUUUGCAUCCCAUCGAUCACGUCAGUGUCAGUAAACAACGGCCGCAUCAUCCAUUAUCUCUUUAUGAUUGCCUUCAAGCGUUUAGUCAGAGUGAAACUUUAGAUGAACACAAUCCUUGGUUUUGUCCAAAAUGUGGAUGUAAUCAGUGUGCCACGAAAACGCUCACGGUACACCGAUAUCCUAAGUUCCUUAUUGUAUAUCUUAAACGAUUUGUAUUUUACGAGUGCGCGAGUAUGAAAUUAGAUGACAAAGUUACAUUCCCUUUGGUGGGUUUAAGUGUAGGACGCCACCUUUAUGAUCUCUAUGCCUGCGUGUGUCACUUCGGAGGUGUGUCUGCGGGUCAUUACACGGCAUAUGCGAAGAAUCCUCGCACAGAUGUCUGGUAUUAUUACAACGACGAGAUAACGAGCAGACAAAAGCCGCAGGAUGAGGACUUUAGCAAUGCGUAUAUAUUGUUUUAUAGUCGACAAGGGACCAACUUGAAACCGUGCAAUAUAUAACAAGUGGUGUAUGUAACUAGAUAGCCGGUAGAAUACAUCGAUCAGACGGAGAAGGGACAAUUGGGGGUAGUGACGAGAGGACGGAGUGUGGCGCACGGGAAAAAUGACGUUUGCGUUCUUCCAUGUUUCCACUACGAAGAAUUAUUCGGGUACUUUAUACUUUCGCAAUUUUUCCCUUCGUGUGUCCAUUUUGUUGCGCUUCUGUCUGUGGGCAUUUACCUCCCCUUCUGCCUCUGCUAGAGUUAUCUUUAAAAGUGCAAUGAAAUUAUGGACGCAGUAUGAAUAGACGGAGAAUUGCCCACCUCUACCCAACAGAAAAGCGCGACGCCAGCGAAUAAUCGGUUAUAAAACGAAUUGUACAUGUGUGAAGAGAAUACACUUCCUCUUCCGUUUCACUUCCAUUAUUUGCUGGCGUCAACUUAGCAACGGCACGCUCCGUUUAUUCAUACUAUGUCUGUGAAUGAGAUAAAUAUGUGUACUUGAUGUACACAUCGAUCUUGCGCUUGAUUAUGUGAAAUAUCGAUAGCUGUUGCCUGUGCGUUUUUUUUUCUUCGUGAUGGUUAUGUGAUUUUUCGAUGAAUACUAUCGUGAUGGAUACUCUUUCGGUAGCGGUUUGCGCUAACCAACUUAGGCCUGAUCUAUUUCAGAAAGAACUGAAUGUAUUUGUACUGCGUAUAUUGCAAACGUAUGUCGAAUUUGUACAGUAGAUGGUUAAAUGUAGAGCUCAAGAAUUCUACUAAACACAUAAUUUAUUAGUGAAUAAAGGUGAACGUCACAUACUUGAAACCGAACUUAAAUUACUCAUCAAACAGCGAAAUGUUAUGUUCCACCGUGCUCCUUUCUUUAUCGGAGCAGAUGGAUUUUGCUUAUCAACAAUAAAGUGUUGCGCUUAUCCGAUAUUCCACCAUCCAAACGAAAAAAAAGAUUGUAAAGCGAAGCAGAAUAUACACAUUUUAUGAAAUACACAA